AUGGACGUUAAGAAUGCCUUUUUACAUGGAGAUCUGAAAGAAGACAUUUAUAUGACUCCACCACCAGGGUUAUUCUCCACACCUUCAGGUGAUGUUUGUAAGUUGAAACGAUCACUCUAUGGUUUGAAACAAGCUCCACGUGCUUGGUUUGAUAAAUUUCGUUCCACACUUCUUGGUUUCUCCUUUGUCCAAAGCCAGUAUGAUUCUUCUUUGUUUCUUUGCAAGACAUCUAAAGGCAUUGUCAUACUUCUUGUAUAUGUUGAUGAUAUUGUUAUUACCGAGACUGAUUAUGCAUUGAUUUCUCAACUUCAAGACCAUCUUCAACGUUGUUUCCAUAUGAAGGACCUGGGUUCUUUACAGUAUUUUUUAGGUCUUGAGGUAUAUUCUAGUUCCACCGGUAUUUUCUUAACCCAGCACAAAUACAUUCGGGAGUUAAUUGCUUUGGCUGGUCUUCAAGAUGGUCGAUCCGUUGAUACCCCUUUGGAAGUGAAUGUUAAGUAUCGUCAUGAUGAAGGUGAUCUUAUCUCUGAUAUGUCUUUAUAUCGACAGCUGGUGGGUAGUCUAAACUACCUGACUAUUACUCGCCCUGAUAUCUCUUUUGCUGUUCAACAAGUUAGUCAGUUUAUGCAAGCACCUCGGCACCUUCAUUUGGCAGCUGUUCGCCACAUUGUUCGCUAUUUGAAAGGCACUUCUUCUCGUGGUCUUUUCUUUCCAGCAAACUCUCCUAUUCGCCUGAUUGCAUAUAGUGAUGCUGAUUGGGCUGGUUGUUCUGAUAUUAGACGUUCAGUUACUGGUUGGUGCAUGUUCCUUGGUACUUCUCUCGUUUCCUGGAAAAGCAAGAAGCAAGACAGGGUGUCUAAGUCUUCUACGGAGUCUGAGUAUCGUGCUAUGUCUUCUGCAUGCUCUGAAAUUGUUUGGCUCCGUGGAUUGUUAGGUGAGCUCGGGUUUCCUCAAAAAGGGUCUACACCGCUUCAUGCCGACAACACUAGUGCAAUUCAAAUUGCGGCUAAUCCAGUAUUUCACGAGCGUACCAAACAUAUUGAAGUGGAUUGUCACUCUAUUCGUGAAUCAUAUGAUGCUCAGGUCAUCUCUCUUCCACAUAUCCCCACUGAUCUUCAGAUUGUGGAUGUGUUUACUAAAGCUCUCUCCAAAAAUCGUCAUCACUUUCUUGUUGACAAAUUGAUGCUUGUUGAUCAGCCAGCAUCAAUUUGA